GCCUGCUAUUGAUUGGCUGGCUCUUUGGGCAGAGAAACUGGAAGAGCUCGCGCAGUUUCAUUGCAGCCGUAAAAAAAAAAAAAAAAAAAAAAAAAAACCUAUCAGACGUGAAGCGUACUGUUUUACUGACUGCGGGCGAAGCCGAGUUUACCUUAUUAUUAUCUGGGGUUUUGUUUCGCAUUUCAAAUAGGAAGUCACAUCUGACACAGAAAAUGGGUUGCUUUUUCUCAAAGAAAUCAAAAAGAAAACCCGAGAAAGAGCAGGCGGAGACGACUACAGACGAGGAGGCACCAAAACAAUACAGCUGGGACAAACGGGACAAGGUUGAUCCAAAAGACUACAUGCUGACCGGCCUCAAGGAUGAAACUGUAGGUCGUUUGCCCGGCACGCUCAAUGGGCAACAGUUUGCCAUUCAAGACUGUGAGAACUGUAACAUUUACGUGUUUGAUCACUCGGCCACCAUCACCAUUGACGACUGCACCAACUGCAGGUUAUUCCUGGGGCCGGUCAAGGGCAGUGUGUUUUUCCGAGACUGCAAGGACUGCAAGUGCGUGGUGGCGUGCCAGCAGUUCCGCACCAGGGACUGCAAGAAGAUGGAGGUGUUCCUCAGCUGCGCCACCCAGCCCAUCAUCGAGUCCUCCAGUGGCAUGAGGUUCGGCUGCUUCCAGUACUACUACCCUGAGCUCGCCUUCCAGUUCAAAGACGCCAGCUUGAGCAUUUUCAACAACAACUGGAGCAACAUUCAUGACUUUACACCCGUGUCCGGGGAAACAAACUGGAGCCUGCUGCCCGAGGACACCGCGGUGCAGGACUGCGUCCCCCUGCCUGACACGGACGGGUUCAAAGCGGUCAGGGUGUCCACAGAGGCCAGCAGGAGCAUCGUCCCAAUAACCAGCGGCCAGCGGCGGAAGAACAGCGACGAGUCCUGCCUCUUUGUGUUCUUUGCUGGUGAUUAUACCACAGCUAAUGCAAGGAAACUGACCGAUGAGAUGGUUGGAAAAGGCUUUAUUCUUGUGCAAACUAAGGAGGUUUCAAUGCGACCAGAAGAUGCCAACAGAGUAUUUCAUCAGAAUGCAGAAGACUACACCUCUUUGAUUGAAAAAGGUCCUGUUGUAGCUUUGGAGUUUAACGGAGAGGGGGCAGUGGAGGCGUGCCGCAGUAUGGCAAGCGAUGUCUUCAGCAGCGCCAAGGUCUAUGUGUCUGAAAACAAGGCUUCAGCUUGCAGAGAUGUGGACAAUUUCUUCAACUUUGCAGAUAUGCAGAUGGGAAUUUAAGAUCACAUGAAAAAUAAAACAGUCGCAUCAUCUCUCAAUUUGGUUUCUUUUAUACUUCUGAGUUUUUGUUUUUAAAAUCUUUUCUAACACUAGCGGUAUUGUGUGUUUUUGUUUUAUUUGUAUUAUUAUUAUUUGGCGCUUAAAACUUUUUUUUAGUUUUCUAAAGAAAUUUGAUUGUAAUAAAUAAAAGUAACCAAAGCAUUGCAUAAUGUGUAGCAAGGCGUUGGGCGCCUGUGAUUUAACUGCACUGUUUAUUUGUUAGCUGGGUUGCCCAGGGUUAUCUCUGCAUAAAGAAUGUCAUUUCUGUGUAUGAAAUGUGUGUUGUAUUUCAUUCCGUUGUCUGUUGUACAGUUCUUAUGACAUGUCCAUGUUUAUGUCUUACAUUAUUAAUGUACGUUUCUUUUGAUAGAUGGGACAAAAAACAUGUGUUUCUACUUUCCUGUUGACAAAUUGUCCCUCUUCUUCUUCUUCUUCUUCUUCUUCUUCUUCUUCUUCUUCUUCUUCUUCUUCUUUUCUUUUUUUUUUUUUUUAAUAAAAAUUAUUACUUGAUUGACUGUAGAAGAAACUAGCUCAGAGUGACCCGAUGCAUUUGGACUUUGUAGUAAAAUGUCUAUUUUUAUCACAAAUUAAUUUAUUUUUUUAAAAAUCAGGAAAUCCAAAUUUUGUAGUAGCUUUUAUAGUACUAUAUAUAGUACUAUAAUUGUUAUAGUAUUAUAAUAUAAUAUAAUCAGUCAGUAGUGGAUGGAAAUGUAAAGGCAGUGUCCUUCUAAGAAACCUUUUGACUUUUUUCUACUGGGAUCCAUUUCCAUUUGUCUUCAUUCCAUAAAAUGGCUUGUUUUGUUGACUACAACAGUGUUUGUGUAGUGAGUCUGAGUAAAUCACAAUACUGUAUAGCGUUAGAUCCGAGUCCAUUUUGAUGUGGAAAGUUUGAACCUGUAAAUUCCUACAGGUAGUUAAAGAGGAACAUGUGCCCCUAUGAAAUAUGGUUAUUGUUUUCUUUUUCAGAUUCACAGUGUUUGUCAUUUUCUGUUUCAGUCAUCACAUCCUGGUGAUUUAUUUAAAACUCAGCAGUUUCAAGCAACCCAAUUGCCUGAAAGGGCUCUGAACAUGUCUGCUGUAACCCGAGAUUGAAGCCAUUAACCUGCACUCUGCCCCACUUCAACACCUGCAAAUGACCACCUUUAUUACAGUGGUACUGUAUUUGUAUUUCGAACAUCCACUACAAAAGCAAGUCACAUUUCUAUAGCGCCUUUCAUCACAAGGAUCCCAAGGCGCUUCACACACACACACACACACUCACACACACUCAAAUGAACAAUUAAACCAUUCAAUUAAAAACAGUCUAAUGCAGAAUUUGAUAGAACAGAAAUUGAGAUAAAAAUUUUGUUUUUGAAUUGUAAAAAAAAAAAAAAAAAAAGCUGGUUUGUAGAAAUAGAACAAUUAAAAGUCUAAACAAACAUUUUAUUAAAUUAGAAUUUAAAAAAAAGAAAUGCAGUUUUGAUUGUAAAAUAGGAAAACCAAGAUGGUUACCAGAGAAGGCAUGUUUAACAGCCCCGAGAGGUCACUCAGGUGUUUUUCACAUUAAAAUGAUACACAGCGUUGCUCUGAACAACAACAGGUGCACAUGGGUUAAGAUGUCUGGGAGGUUUCACACUCACACAAGGGUGCUCUUACAUGUGCUCGGCUUAAACAAAGCUAUUCCAGGUUCUCUGGCAGGCUACACUGUCUUACAUUAAACAGAUCAAGUCGAGGGAUUCCACUUUAUUUUGCAAAAUAUGUUCUUUCUGCUGUUUUGUACUGAUUUAUGACUGGGGAAUAGAUACAGUGGAAUACAGAAUGUAAGUUACACUAGUAUGUGAAUAGUUUAAUUUGAAAAAAAAAAAAAUAAUAAUAAUAUUGUAGUGUGAUAUUGCCCUUGAAAAGCCAGGCUGGCCUGUUUAUAUGGCUCACUUGUUACGCUCCAGUCUGGGUCUGGGGGUGUGGAUUAAAUGAGCUUCACUUUCUAUUUUCAUUGUAAAGGGUUUGCUUGAGUACAUCCUUUUGUACCUUUUUGGAGGUCUUAAUGUUAUUCUUUUUUUUUUUUAAUGGCUGAACAAAGUUGUGAUCUACUUGUUGCUUAAUGUGCUGUUUUGAGUAGGUUUGGAUGUUUGCCUUGGUAUGCAAGCUAAUCCAGUGCUUCUUGGAAUGACAUUUUGUAUAUUUAAAUGUUACAUAUUUUGUAUAUGAUUUUAUUUUGUGGCAGUGGUUGUAAAUUGUGAUUCACAAUAAACAUGAACUGGUGAUGUAAAUUGUU